AUGUCUAAUGCUCUACAAGCUAAACAGAGAACAGGUUUUAUCAAUGGAACAAUCUCAAAACCUUCCAUUGAUGAUCCUAACUUUGAGAAUUGGCAGACGGUGAACUCGAUGAUUGUUGGAUGGAUCCGUACUUCCAUCAAACCAAAAGUAAAGUCCAAUAUUACGUUCAUAUCUAAUGCUCGUGCCCUAUGGCUUGAUUUGAAGGAACGUUUCUCAGUGGGAAACAAGAUGCGAGUACAUCAAAUCAAGGCUCGAAUUGCGGCGUGUCAACAAGCUGGACAACCCAUCAUCGAUUACUAUGGCAAACCCUUGACAGUUUGUAAGUGUGGUUUGUGUACGUGUGGUGCUACUCUUGAACCUGCUAAAGAGAGAGAGGAGGAGAAGAUCCACCAAUUUAUUUUGGGUCUCGAUGAUUCUCGCUUUGGAGGUCUUAGUACCAAUCUUGUUGCAAUGGAUCCAUUUCCUUCUCUUGGGGAAAUUUAUUCCCGAGUUAUUAGAGAAGAACAACUUUUAGCUUCUGCUUGGGUUCAUGAGCAGCAUAAAGAGGUCGUGGGUUUCACGACUCAAACCGAACGGAGUGUACUUCCUUCUUCCCGAACAGAGAUACAGAGUGGAGGAAGAUUGAAUUCCUCAAGUAUCAGGUUUCGCUCUUCCAUCUGCUCUCAUUGUGGACGGUCAAGACAUGAAAAGAAGGAGUGUUGGCAGAUUGUUGGAUUUCCAGAAUGGUGGACUGAGCGCAACGGUGGACGUGGGUCUGCUACUCGUGGUAGAGGAGGUCGCGGUCUUGGACGUGGAAGAGGAUAUGCCACGAAAGCUCACGCAACGAGCUCCAAUUCAUCGAACCUCCCUGAGUUCACACAAGAACAGUUACAAGCUCUUUCACAGAUGCUCAAAGGACAAACCACCAGCGGAUCUUCUGAUAAAUUGUCUGGUAAGCCAAAGUUUGGCAAUGUUGUUCUUGACACUGGUGCCUCUCAUCACAUAACUGGGGAUCUCUCCCUCUUGUCUAAUGUUGUCUCUAUACCUCCUUGUUAUGUGGGGUUUGCGGAUGGUAGCAAAAUGUUUGCUCUUACCAAGGGAUUUUUUCCUCUUUCAAACAGAUUUGCACUAACCGAUGUUCUUUAUGUUCCAACAUUGACCUGCACAUUGAUAUUUGUUUCUCGAAUUGUGGAGCAAACUAAGUGUGUUGCUACCUUCACUAAUACAAUCUGUGUUUUACAGGACCGUUUAACGAGGACUUUGAUUGGAAGCGGUGAAGAGCGUCAUGGGGUUUAUUAUCUUAUGGAUGUGGCAACGGCAAGGAUUCAUUCCAUAAAUGUUUCUUCUGAUCAGCGACUUGUGGCAUCAGCGUUUAGGUCAUCCUAG